UGGGUAUCUUUUGCUCGGCUAAGGUCACGUGCAGCUUGGUCACAUGCUUUCGAGUUUAUUUCGCGUGGACCCUUCGGCAUAAGUUUGCCCCGGUUGCCAUUGCCUGGGCCCCGCAUCGCCCCAUGGGCUUUUAUCGGCUCUCAAGUUGGUUAACCGCUGACAUGAAUCAAGACUCCUCCAGCAGCUACAUAGGUACUAUCACGACGAAUUGCGGACGGUCAAGCAUUCAAAGCAUAACUCUGUGCCUCUUCUGAUACGAAACCGUUGAACUUCGAUCUCGCUUUGAGAUUUCUUCUUCAUAGAUGAAUUAUUACUCUUUUUGACAACUUCAAUCUGCCUGUCUACGGCGCGUGCCGUUGCGCUAGAGGCGCAGCGUUAACUAUCCAUACCCGUUUGACAAUGUCUUCCAGAGAUUCUUUUCUGUCUUCGCCACCUCGCGCCGGAUCUUCCGGUCAAAAUUUCUCCUCGUCCUCCCCAUGCCUCCCCUCUCUCGAUGAGAUAUUUCUCAAGAAGAGCCACAACAAGUCUCCCUUGCAUCCUAGGAAUCGCGCUGCACCCGUCUCACAUAAUACCCACACGUUCACAAGCGCUGCAAUUCUUCUGCGAGAUACCCCUAAACCUGAUAUAGAUAUCGAGGAACUCACCAACUCGCCACCAUUACGAACGAAGAGCCACACAGCAUCUACACCAUACAAUACGACGUUCACAAGUGCUGCAAUUAUAUUGAGGGACGCUCCUGAAAUCGACAUAGAUACUGAGGAAAUCACCGAUUCGCCACCCCGAAGGGAAAAAGAAAAGAGCACGAGCGGCAAACGGAAUACUUCGAAACCUAAUAUAUCGUCAGUCGUUAGAAACUCAACAGAGCCCGUCAUUGCGAUUGGAUCUUUAUCUCCGAAAGAUAAGCCAUGGCAAAAGUUCAUAAGUGAAGCGUCUACGCGGGAUGGUGACCAGCCCUUACGCUCCCAAUGUGCGAAGAGGCCGACUACAAGAAAGCUCUCGGGCAGGGCUUUUGAGUCGAUACCUAAGCAUCAUUCUACGGGGAAAGAGGUGUUCUUAUCUGAAGAUACUUCUAGUGGUGUGAAAAACAAAAAUAGUACGGAAGAUGUGCUGGACGGAGUUGUUUCCGGCGCCGAACAAGAACUUGCUCUUCCUCGUCGGGGCGAUUGGACUCCUCCAAGAGCGAAUGAUCCUAUUGUGCUUCAUUCCGACUCAGAUACUCGAGAGCUUGUCUCGUCGGUCGAUAAGGAGCCGGUAUCAAAAGACGUGUUUCAAAACUUACAUAGCCAGUAUGGAAGAAAAGAUGUGGAGUUGGCACAAAAAGCAUGUCAACAGCCCAAAGACGAUUUUCUAAAGAAACGCAAACGCAUUGAAUUGAUAUCUAUAGGUCAAAAUCAUGAGAGUUUGAACUGCCAUCAAGGCGCUCAAUCACUAGACGUACAGCAGCCAGAGGAACAGACGAAGCGGGCAGAUCUUCAAACACCCGUGCCCAAGAAGAAGACCAGGACAAUCACUGAACUUGCGAUAGCUCCUUUCGCAGCCCCACUUCCAUCCGACAUUGAACUUGCAGGACCAGCAACUAAAGAGUCGAUGCUGGAUUAUUUCGAUGUCGACGGUGCCGUUAAGGCGCUGGUUGAGCAUCAAUCGGCUGUCAUGUCUCAAAGAAAACCUAAGGCUAAAGAGACGAAGAAGCCAUCCAAGACAAGACGCAAAACAAAAGGGGGCACAGAGGCCAACCCGAUUUUAUUGUCUCCAAGCACCGCCUUGAAGCAGUCAUCGAAUCAAGAUUUUCUUUUUGGAACUUCCAGCCAACUCGUACAGGAAGAUUCUCCAACGACCUUGAGAGAUAUUCAGGCUGCUAUCCGUGCGUCCAAUAGCCUCAAUUCUGUCCCUUUUGAUCCCGAUAUACCCCAGCGCUUAUGGCAUGCUGGAGCGCGUGAUGAAGAAGGUGAGUUGAUGGAGAUGGAAGUUAUAGAUUUACAACAUGGUCGUACAGUCAAGUCAGGAUCAGAUUCAACAACCACUCCCAGUGGUCGAGAUUUUGUUGAUAUCGAUGAUAUUCUAGACUCACCGUUGCCAGUGACUUCGUCCCCAAACACAAUAUCUGGAGGCAAACAGACAGUUUCACAUUUCUUUCGGUCACAGAACACCAAAUAUGACUCGAAUGGUGGGGCCCCCGAGUCUCAAGACUUGGGAAAUGCAACUAGUGUUGAGCCCCGUCCCAAUUAUGAAUUAUUUACAGAUGGGCAGCUCAGCAAACAGAUCGCGUCGUAUGGGUUUAAGGUGGUAAAGAAACGUGCUGCGAUGAUCGCAUUGCUAGACCAGUGCUGGACAAGCAAACAUCAAGGCAAAUCAGCUGGUUCAACACAACAUUUGUCAACGUCUAGCCGUACCCCAACGCCAGCUCAACAAGAGUCUACAAGUGAUGUCCAAAACAAAGCCCCUUCAAAACCCCAAGGACGCGGCCGGAGGAAGAAAGAUGGCGAGUCAGUAACAUCAAUUGCCAAACCCACUCCAUCAGAUACAUCCAGUUCUAAACGGCCACGAGGUCGACCAAAAAAGAAUGAGACUGCACCCACCACUAAGGCAGAGUCUAGUACCUCAAUACCAAGCCCUAGGCGACCGCGUGGUCGUACUAGAAAGCCGAGUACUACUUCUGUUGAAAUCCCAGAUUCUGAGAAUGAAACACCAUCACCCAUUUCCUCGCCUGACCCGGUCUUCUCUUCGCCGCCUCUGUUGGAUCUAACAACCUCAGAAGAGGGUGAUAUGUCUCUGAAUAUGUCGCCGACUGAUAAACAGGCAGAGUUAUUUAAGCAUAUAACUAAAGCUGUGACUUCAACACCUCGUUCACAAGAUCCGUCAAGUCCGUCUUGGUAUGAGAAGAUGCUUCUUUAUGACCCUAUCAUCCUCGAAGAACUCGCAUCUUGGUUGAAUGGGGGCGAGCUAACACGUGUUGGGUACGAUGGGGAAGUGUCUCCAUCUGAUGUGAAGAAAUGGUGUGAAAGUAAGAGUGUUAUUUGUCUCUGGCAACAGAAUACCAGAGGGAAGGAGCGCAAGCGAUACUGAACUAUUAUGAGAUUACGAGCUGAAUGUCCGAUGACUGUACUCAUAAAGAGCGUUCUCGUUAAUUAGUGAGCUAUAAUAUAAUCUAACCACGGAUUAUACACUUGCG